CCGCCGCGCUCCGCUCCGCUCCCCGCCGUGCGCCGCUGACAAAUGAUGUGCGUUGUGCUCGCCGCGAUGAAAGCUCAAAUUGAAAUUAUUCCAUGCAAGAUCUGUGGAGACAAAUCAUCAGGAAUCCAUUAUGGUGUCAUUACAUGUGAAGGCUGCAAGGGCUUUUUCAGAAGGAGUCAGCAGAGCAAUGCCACGUACUCGUGUCCUCGGCAGAAGAACUGUCUGAUCGACCGGACCAGUCGGAACCGCUGCCAACACUGUCGCUUACAGAAAUGCCUUGCUGUGGGGAUGUCUCGGGAUGCUGUAAAGUUUGGUCGAAUGUCAAAAAAGCAGAGGGACAGCCUGUACGCCGAGGUGCAGAAACACCGAAUGCAGCAGCAGCAGCGGGAUCACCAGCAGCAGCCAGGAGAGGCAGAACCGCUCACACCAACAUACAAUAUCACCACCAAUGGGUUAACAGAGCUACAUGACGACCUCAGUAAUUACAUUGAUGGGCAUACCCCUGAAGGUAGCAAAGCAGACUCUGCAGUUAGCAGCUUCUACUUAGACAUACAACCUUCUCCAGAUCAGUCGGGUCUUGAUAUUAAUGGAAUCAAACCAGAACCAAUAUGUGACUACACACCAGCAUCGGGCUUCUUCCCUUAUUGUUCUUUUACAAAUGGGGAGACCUCUCCAACUGUGUCCAUGGCAGAAUUAGAACAUCUUGCACAGAAUAUUUCCAAGUCACACAUGGAAACUUGCCAGUACUUGAGAGAGGAGUUACAGCAGAUAACAUGGCAAACUUUUCUGCAGGAAGAAAUUGAGAACUAUCAGAACAAGCAAAGGGAGGUAAUGUGGCAGUUAUGCGCAGUCAAAAUAACAGAAGCUAUACAGUAUGUAGUGGAAUUUGCCAAACGCAUUGAUGGCUUUAUGGAACUGUGUCAAAAUGAUCAAAUUGUGCUUUUAAAAGCAGGGUCUUUAGAGGUUGUGUUCAUCAGAAUGUGCCGUGCCUUUGACUCCCAGAACAACACAGUCUACUUUGAUGGCAAGUAUGCUAGCCCAGAGGUUUUCAAGUCCUUAGGUUGUGAAGACUUCAUUAGCUUUGUGUUUGAAUUUGGAAAAAGUUUAUGUUCUAUGCACCUGACAGAAGAUGAGAUAGCUUUGUUCUCUGCAUUUGUUUUAAUGUCAGCAGAUCGCUCAUGGCUUCAGGAGAAAGUAAAAAUUGAGAAACUCCAACAGAAGAUCCAGCUAGCACUUCAGCAUGUCCUACAGAAGAACCACCGAGAAGAUGGAAUUCUAACAAAGUUAAUAUGCAAAGUGUCUACUUUAAGAGCACUGUGUGGACGACAUACAGAAAAGCUUAUGGCAUUUAAAGCAAUAUACCCAGACAUUGUGCGACUUCAUUUUCCUCCACUUUACAAGGAGUUGUUCACUUCAGAGUUUGAGCCAGCAAUGCAAAUUGAUGGGUAAACGUAUCACCUAAGCACUUCUAGAAUGUCUGAAGUACAAACAUUAAAACAAAAGAAAGGAAAAAAAAAGGAAAAAAAAAAAAAGAAAGAAAACCAAGACACUUUAUAUGGCCCUGAACAGACCUAGGGAGCCAACACACUGCACAUCUCUUGGCGGUCGGGGUCAGGCGAAGGAUGGGAAACAAUGAAACAAAGUUGAACUUGUUUUUCUCAUGCAUAUGAUUUCCAUUAUGCCUACAAAUAUGGACCCUUUUUCUGUCUCAACUUCUCAAUCCUUGACCUCUGUUUACACAGACUGAGGGUUCUAAUGUCAGAAGGUUGUUUUCUCCUGUAGUUCACUGCCCAGACUUUUGACAGAACAAUCAAUUUGUUGGUCAGAACAGAGUCCACCUAGUAAUCAGCGACUGGUGUGCAUUGCAGAGAUUUCAGCAUCAGUUUGCACAACUUGCUCAUUGUUUCAUGAAGGACGAUUUUUUCUCACCUACCACUGUUUGCCAGUAGACAGAACGGCAUGAAAAGGGUCCAUAGCAAUAGCAACAAUAGCAUUAUAAUAUAUUACAGGGUAAAUGGGCAUGAAGACUAUAUAUAGCAAAAGAGAUAUUGUUUAUAUAUUGUUUUAAUUAAUAUAAAAUGUAGUUACUGGUAUAGCUUUUCUUGUUGAAUUGAUAAGGCACUUUCAUUUUGCACCUUUUUCUUUAAAUUAAAUGCUAGCGUGUUCAUUGUUGUGUUGCAUGUGCACCAGAAAUUCAAGUUUAACUGAAAAAGGUUUGGCAGGUACUGGUACAUUGGGAGGUAUUUAUGCUGCUGUUUUCCAUGUUACUUUUAAAGAAAGGCUGGUCAUAUCCUGAAAUGGUUAGAGAUUUCUAAAAGAGUUGAAAAUAAUGACAAUUUCUACAUUAAAAUAAUCUUUACCGAAGUUAAAUUCAAAGGUACUUUUAUUUUCAAAUCUUUCAAACCUGGAUGUUUCAAAGUCAAAAGCCUCAUUUUCAAAGGUUCUGAGUUUCCACUGUUGUUGUUGUCAGAGUUGAACUAAUUAAUUACAGAUCAUUUACAAAUGAGUAACACAGCAUCUUUGAAAAUCAGGCUAUUAAAUAGUGUAUUUCUGCUCACCAUAAAUCCAGGUUUGAAAGAAUUGAUUCAAGUCUGUAUCUACAGUAAAAGUAUGUGUGUAUGACAUGCUUGCCAAAAAGUAAUUUUUAUACAUUACAUACUUUUGUACUCCAUAUUGUAAACAAUGCCUUCAAAUGCCAAGCUGUAGCCUAUCAAAAUCCCUGGGUUUGUCUUUGACUUCAGUGAGAUGAGACACACUGACCCCUGUUCUUCCAGUAUCCAGCAGUUCAGUUUCAAGGAGCUGAACAGAGAAGUCUGUUCUCUCCUUGUUUAAAAAGAUGCACUUUAAAGUUGAUAGAUGGGGACAGACUAAGAAAUGAAAGGCACAGUGUUGCUAGAAAGGAUUAGUUUGUACUCAGUACAAGCCUGGAAAUCAUUAAUAUGAGAAACCUGCAUUCUGUAAUUCUGAUUCCUGUAUUGCAUAAGCAACCAAUAAGCUGAAUCUUGCAGUGUUAUUCAUUACCAUUCCCUUCAGGAAGAAUUCUGUCUCUGAGCAAAGCUGGCAGUAAAUGUAGUUCUGAAGGAAGCAGAUUCACAUAAAUGACAUCACAAACUGUGGCUGUUUGAGCCAGAGGUGUGUAAUUGUGUUUGGAUGAGAUGAAGAUGCAUAACUGUAUGCCUUGUAGGCCAUCACAAAUGCAGUUUUGAUGAAGUACCUAAGAAAAAGCUGGGAACAUCGAAAAAUGAAAAGGAAUGAGACGUAAUGUGCCCUACUGCUCUAACUUCCAAGGGUAAACAAUCUCUUAUAUAAUUGUUGAGAAGUAACAAGUGACUAGAAACACACCAAAGCCUAAGUAUUUUAAAAAGGAGAAUCAGAUCAGCAGGUUCUUAUUAGCAAAAUACAGGUUUAUUCUAUGAUUUGAACAUGUUUCCUUUGGGGUCAAACGAAGACAUUUAUCUAUGAAACAUAUUAGAACUGUUCCAGUCUAGCACAUCAGGGAAGGUUACAGCUAUCACUCAUCUCUAGGCUUUGAAAGGAUGGCUAGAGGAGAGCAUCACACCCUGAAGUGUGGGAGGGGAGCACCUGCAGUGCUGUGAGCACUGGGAUGGAGGCAGGAGAGGGCUUUUGGAAAAAGUCCAUAGAGCUGUCUUUUUCCUGCUCCAUCCUGCCUGCUCCUGAAGAGGCAGCUCACAGCCCAGCACAUGCUCUCUCCACUCCCACUGAAACACUUUUCCUAGGGUCAUUGUUUACUUUAUUGGAGUAACUGGCACGAUAUGGUACUUGCAUUCUAAUGUGUGUUCCUAUUUUUGAAGCACCCCUUUUAACUAACAAAUGUUUUCUGAAUGUGACCAGCCUUAGGUGCUAGUCCUGUAAAGAUCAACUAAACUUAAUCUCAGUGUCAACUAAUGAAUAGUGAAGAAAGACCUGUAAUUUAUUAGUGAGAUACACCUCCUACUUCUGACAAUGUAGACUACCAGGUAAAGUAUUUGGGGAUUAGUUUUCAGCCACAUCCUGUUCUUACCUUUUCAUGAUGAAUAUUAGUACUUUACCAGGCAUCUAGCUGCCAGUGGCUUUGUUUGGAAUCCGUUUAGCAUAUUUACAUUCAUAAAUCAUUGACAAUAUAAGUCUUGGAGCAUUUUCUAAUAAAAUACAUAACAAUAUAAAGGUUUCAAAUAGGGCCUUAGCUGAGAGUGAUCUUCCAGGCCAGAAAAUACUGUUGUUUUUGUUUGUGGGAGCUCGUGUACUGGGACAGUGUUAAAUCAGGCUGAACAUACCGCAAGUAACUCUGCUUUCCUGGCCACAGUUAACAGGCACUUGGCAACAGAGUAUAAUUUUUGGGUUGGUCUUCAAGGAGAGAGGAAAAAAGGGAUACAGCACAGCAGAUCUACUGAUAAGACAUCUGUUGCCAAGGAGGUUUUUAUGUAAGGAGACUCAGAAUAACACCAGAGUGGCUGGUCAGAGAUGGCCAUCUAAGAACCCAGCACAGCAGAGGAAAUGCCCUCUGCAAAACCCCUGAGACUGUGGCCUGGUAUCAGAUGAUCAAUCAGUUAAAAAACACAUGAGGUCAAUGGAUAUUCACGAGUAUUUUCAUCAUCUGCCCAGUUCACUACAAAUAAAAACACUAGGAUAGCUGAACUUAAUAUUUUAAGUUUUGAUGACCUAGUCAUUAAAGUCUGCAAAGAUAUUUUCCUUGGGAGUUAUAUGGAAUUAUAUAAACUGGAGAUGUUUUCUGGCUUUCUAGGAAGAGCUACUAGACUAUACUGUCAUUUGAACCACCCUAAUAUGUCAUCACCUCCAGCAUUUUUUGAUGUAUGGAAUUAGGUAAAAAGGGAGGCUGUUUUUAAGUUUGGUUGUUCUUUAUUAGUUUAUAGUAUGAAUACCAAGAUAUUUGUGUAUGUGCACCUGUGUGUGUGUGUGAGAGAGUCCAUUGUGUGCGCACAUGAGUGUAUGCGUGGGACGUGUGAGCGGCUGCUUCUAGGCUGUUAAGUGUCAAUGGAAUAAAGAAAAUGUAUUCAAAAUACUUAAGUCAAAAAUAGAAGGUGGUAAAAAGAUUUAUUCUAUACAAAGCCUUGUCUGGACCACUUUAGAGAGACUUCUAUUUUUUUAACCCUUCUAUAAAUGUUUGAUGGCACUUGAAAUAUUCCUGCAAUAAAAUGUGAUUUGUGUAAACAUUAAAAAAAAAAGAUUUUGUAAUGUGAAACAAUGAAAGAAAGUAAUGUAAUUUUUCUAAAAAACAAAAAAAAACCACAAACGAACGAACUUUGUAUUAUUUUCUUGAUGGAAUUUGUCUAUUUGUCUUUGGAAAACUUUUUAUUUCAUUGAAUGUGCCAUAGUAGAGGUGCGUUUUUCUUUUUCUUUCUUUUUUGUUUUUUAUUUUUACAUUUUAGAUUAAAGGAAUAGCUGUGUUCCGACAUUCCAAAAUGCAAGAUGACAUAGCAGUCAUGAUUAAAAGGUUUGAUUAGUAAGCUUCAAUCAUUGUUGCUUUUUUUGCACAUGUUCUUCAUUCCUCUACAGUGCAAUAUGUACAUAGAGCACUUGCGGGUGUAACCUUGAUCCCUCAGGGAAAAAUACAUAUUUGUACAGGAUUUUUCUUUUUUUUGCCUUUUUUCUUUUCCUUCCUUUUUUUCUUUUUUUUUUUUUUUUUUGCUAAGGAAUGUCGACUGAAUCACUUGUCUGUUGUUGAGGGGCAGCCAGAUAAUAAUCCUAAACCACUGUCACAAAACAUUGUUUAAAUUUUGUGCCCUUUUAUUAUUUAAAAAAGAAAAAUAAAAGUUAUUUUCUGACAGUUCUUUGUGCUGAUUGGUGAAAAAAAGGGUAAAUAGAUAAGCACCUUAUGAUUGAAUUAACUGUGAAUGACAAUCCAUCUCGUUAUCAACAAGAGAAGCCCUGUCAUUUUGGAGCUGGGGUUCUAAGUCAGAAACUAAUGUGCUCAGGGAUCUUCUAAAACUCUUCAACAGGGUGGCCAGUACUGCUGGUGGAACAAAUUACUUUUUAAAAAAUAUGCUAGUAUUUCUUCCCUUCCCCCCGCCCCCAGGCACAGGAGAACUGGCUAUUUUUUUUAACUAAAUGCUCUGUGUGUGCCUCAUUCUCUUGCUCACUCUUGCAGUAGAGCUGCUUUUUGGUUGGUAUUGUGCUCAAAACAGGAGUACUCCAAAUAGCACAAAGAUUUUACAAUUGCAUUUUAGAAAAUAAAUGCUGACUCACUAAAUAAAUUAUUGAAAUUAAUUUCAAUACCCUCUGGA